UAUUCUACUUCCACUUUCACGCGCAUGAAUUCAUGUAUUAUUAUAGAUGAGGUCAUGAAGAAGUGAAAAAAAAAGAUAAUGGAUCAAACAGACAGAACCACUGGACAGAACAAUUGAGUUAUUAUAGAAUUUACAACAAGAUAAUCAAAUAUUUAAAAACAACACUGCAGUAUCAUAGUAGAGUACACCAGGCAGUGUAAACAAUCAGGUAAUACCAUGAUUCAGUUUAUGGUCAUAAGUGUCUUGUUAUUUGGACAGUGUUUUGCAGAUAUUUAUCUUCAUAUGCCUAGAGGAUCAAAUAACAGAUUGAAUGAACAAACUGGUAAUAGGAAAAAUGCAAACAGGGUGUUUGAUUCACAGAACAAUAACAAAGGAGGUUAUAAUGUUGGUGACAAGGGAGAAAACCCAUCUAAUAAUGAAGGGGAACAGUACAGGAUGAAAUAUUUCCAAAGUGGUCCAUUUAAAAGUUUAAAUAAUGAUGCAGGGAAGAGUUUCCUUGAGCUUGAAUGGACCAAUCAGCAUGGCUGUGGAGGCAAUGAAGAUACCAGUCCACAGAAACAGAAUUGUCACAUGAUCCUACAGUACAUGUGUCAGGACGAUGUGAACACACCAACAGGUACUGCUGAUACCCUUAGAAAUGGACAGAAUACUAAUACACAAGCAUAUAACAGACCACAGAGUUUGACAGAAACCCAGGCACAAACAACAGCUCGUAAAAACAAUGCUGUCCAACAAGAGGAAGUUCUCCAGGAACCUUGGGAAUGGUAUGACAAAUGCUUUGUCAGGGAGCGUAAUAGAGGGCUCUUUACUGCUGAUCAAAAUCUAAAAACCAACAAUGGCUUGGGGACCAGCAGUGCUAUUUACACACGUGAGAAUCCAAAUGGUAAUCGUUAUGGUUAUGAAUGUCCAGAAGAAAGGGAUUAUUUCCCCUACUGGCACCCUACUCCAUGGAAAGAUAUUGCAGUACUUGCAGAAAAUGCUUCCAUGUGCAGUUAUUACAAGUCAAAUAGUUUUAAUACACAAAUGUACCAUGAGUGUGUAGAACUUUACACACCUAAUGGUGCCAGACGUCCUUAUUCAAAAUGGAAUAAUCAAGCCCAAUGUACUCAGAAUGGUGGACAAUGGAUACAAUUCAGCAACUUUUUAGAGAAGGCACCUGCAUAUACUACUGAGGCAGCAUGUAAUGCACAGAGUAAAGGUGGACUGACCUAUAGAUGGGCUGUACCAUAUGAUGCUACUGUUGUUACAAAGAAAGAAUGUUUAGUUCAACUAGACCAACCAGAUUGUAAAGAAGCACAGUAUUCUAGGUCUAACCAUCUGGGUAAUGGAGUAAAUGGUAGAGCUAAUAGUUAUGUAUGGACAUUGCCUUAUUUUCCUUCAGCAAAAGCAAAAAGAUGUGUUUUCAGAAUGAGGUACAACAUAUCAACAGAUGAUUAUGAUCCAUAUUUCACAGAUUCUUCUUCAAAUCAACAAUUAAAUCCAUUUGUACAAUCCAUUAUAGAGCAGGAUCCUUACAUUGACGUGGGAGGUAGAACUGCUCUACGUAUGAACAUCAACACUAACCAGACUGGCAGACAAUUUCAAGACAGAAGUCAUGUGUUUCUUAUGUCUCCAAGAGCUGGUGCCAUAUCUCAGACAGAUAGAAUAUUUAAUUUGAAUGUACGAGGAAAACGUGGUAACAUAGUACAAACUUACCCUGCUGUGGAGUACGACUUCCAUCCAAACACGUUAAAUAUGAAACCUUCAGAUCUCGUUCAUAUUCAAUGGACAGGCUCUAAUACACACAAUAACAAUAACCCAGCUGGUGAUGGACAGGCUGGAGAUGAAGGUCAAGGUAAAGAUGGAUCUGACAGGAGUAAUAUUGUGGAAAUAAAGAAUUUGAAUGACAAUUUCCCAUUACCAUAUGAGAGUACCACCAUGUGGUCUGCUGCAGACGUCAAAUGGAUCUAUUCUGGUUCCACAGCUGUAACUCCUAAGGACCUGGCUGUUAUCAUGUCAUCUUCAGGAUAUUAUAAAUCAGUCAAUGAAGCUAAAACUAAGGCUGCAAUGAACCCAUUACUAAACAAUGCACCCGCCUCAUUUGAAGGAGCUGUUCUUAAAUUCAACAGAGGAACAUACCACUAUAUGAGCACACGAAAUAAUAACUUCAGUAAUCGGAGUCAAAAAUCAACACUCAUAGUGUCAUAAAACAUUCUUGCCUAUUGUUAUAUUCAUAUGGUACUUUAGAACAUGUUUGUAACUGACAUCAUUUUAAAUUUCAAUAUUUAUUCAGUCAUUUGCAGCAUAUCAUGUGGUCUUUUCUUUUUAAAGGAGUUAAAUCAAAAAUCAUAAUUUGUAAAACAUAUUUUCUUGUAAACAUCUUUAUUAAAAAAAAAAUUCUUUGGGAUUCAUAGUUUUAUUUGAAGAAUACUGUUUUUCAUAUAUUGUUAUAUUUGUUUUUAUUAUUAAGUAACACUUCUAACAACUUUUACCUCCACAAGAUUCAUAAACAUUCCUGUUUUCAUUUUCAUAAUGCCAGUCUUCCAUUAUGAUCAGUAACACAAAAUAUGCAAAUGCUGGCCAUUUAACCUCUUAUGUUCUGUCAAACUAAUUAAUUAUUACUAUUAUAUGAUAACCAACAUGAUCUAAUCUUUAAACCCAAAGAAAAUUGUUCUUUUUUCUAUCCUUCUCUGCCUUCCAUAAAAUGAGGUCUUUAAUUAAAUUACUGUUAGUUUCAAAUAGAUUAUCAUAUUUUGUACAAUUUAUUCAAAGUAUUUGACCAAAUGAAUACAUAUCAGAUAUACCAAAUAUGAGAUUAUUUUAUAUACAUGUGUCAUAUUUUUGUGGGAUAAAACUUUAUUACCAAAAUUAAUAUAAAUGAUAAUAUUUUCAUGAUGAGAUGUCUGCAAUACGGUUUACUAAUCUAAAAGAAAUUUCAAAGACAAGAUAAAAGAUAUAUAGAAAAGUUAAUUUUCUAUCAUAAUUUUGAAAUAAAUCAGUGGACAUUUUUCUGUAUUUUUUAUUUAUUUUUAAUAUUAGAUUCUUACAUUGAUAAGUGUCCUGACCAAUGCUAGAUGUUGAAUCAAUCUUCAUCAGUAUAGCCAAAAAAGACAACAAGAUUAUAUGUAGGUUUUACUUCCCUAUUUACAUCAUGUACAGUAUCCACAGCAAAAUAAAAACUAUUUAAUUACAACAUCAGCACUUUGUUAAAAAUUAAAUCAGCUCUGAAAACUUAUAUUUUGUAAUGAUUUAUUUGAUUUAAAUGAGAUCAAAUAUAAUUUUGUAAUACUAUUGCAUACAUUGAUAUUUGAAUUUUAUAGGAAACCUCAGCAUUUUUUAGUUGCAAUUUACUGAAUGUAUUAUUGUCUGCUGGUACAGACAACUGUGUCUUAUUUGUUAUUAUUUAUUUGUAAUUAAAAUACAUAUCUAUAAAAAA